CUUAUUACUCUCUCUCUCUCUCUCUCUCUCUCUCUCUCUCUCACUCUCUCUCACAUACAACUCAACUGGUUGAAAUAUGAGACGCAACCAGGAAUGACUCAAUUGUCUGCAGAACCAGAGAAUCACUCUACCACAGAAGAUGGAUUGAAUUGCAAUUAAAGCCCUCAGGAGGUAUAAAAUAUAAAUCUUGGUUAGAAGCAAGCCUGUGGCUUCAAAGAUGGAGUCAAUUAGAAAAGGGAGAAAAUACAGUCUGUUCUCAGAACGUUUGGUCCCAAGGGCUUUGAUAAAUUAGGGAUUUUUCAUUUCCCUCUACAGGAAUGUUCAAAUUCAUCAGCAAAUGUAUUGAUAAUAAAGGGUUUCCGGUGACAAAACUAUAUUAUGGUGACCUGAGCAAAACCAUGAGAACGGCAGGGUCAAAUGUACUCUUUGCUGUUGUUACUGAAAUGUCAGACUCUGUUCUGAAGGGAGCAGAAGCAAGUGGGUUUAAUGGAAUGGUCAAUGGCUUUCACCAAGGGAUAUUGAAGUUAGCAAUGGAGCCAUCACUGUUAGGAACUGCUUUCAUGGAGGGAGGCCCUGAUAGAGAAAUUAAGCUUGAUCGAAGUCCUGAAGUUGAUGAGUUAUAUAUUGAAGGGUAUUUACAAGCUAUGUUGGAUACAACCUACAAACAGGAUUAUAUCAGAGUGAGAGUUAUUGAAAAUCAGGUUCUUCUCAAAAACCUUCCCGCAAACAGUGCACUCAUAAAUAAGAUUAUUGACCGCGUGAAGAGCUUCCUUGUAAGCAAGGGCUUAUUGAAAGGAGAAACUUCAACAAAUUCUCGCCCCUUACGUCAUCUGCAAGGAGAAAGCGAAUGGAAAAUUGGACCAACAGUGCUGACUUUAUGUGAACAUUUGUUUGUGAGUUUUUCCAUUGGAAUGCUGAGAAAGCAAGCUGAUAAGAUUAUGGCUUCCAUCAACUUGGAGAUAAACCAAAGGGUGCUGAGGGUAAGGAGAAUAUCCCUGUUUCCAAGAAAGAACAGAAGGGAGGGAAUUUUAAGUGGAUUGGGGGGAUCUGCAGUUUUGUGUUCUCAGGGAUGAUUGCUUAUGUUGAUGGACGGUUAUGCCGAUGCAUUCCUAAUUCUGUUGCAAGAAGAAUUGUAAGUGGAUUUUUUCUAAGUUUUCUUGGUAUAAAGGACAAUAAUUGAAUUGUAAUGUCAUCCUUCAUCAACUGUAAAUAACAUGUGAUAUCUGUAAAUAAUAAGAGUUCUCUUCCAAGAGUUGAGCAUGGAUAUAAAACUAAAACAUGUUUGCAUGCUCCCAAAGCUUAUACCUUCUGAAAUGGCAGAACAGCCUUCAAUGAAAUUUUUUUGGGGAAAAAGAACCCGGAAAUGCCCAGAUUGUGCAGGGUACGAAAAGACCACUUCUGCCCUUGACAACAAUGCAUUGAAUAUACUCCAAUGCGCCUUCCCACCACAAGCGACCUCUCCCUUGAACUUAGGCCAGUGCUCUACUGCAACUAGCAGUCACCACCACGCCAAGAGCCACUUCCUUAUUGGAUCCUCAGUUUACUUGAUAAGGAAUGUAAUAGGGGGGAAGGGAGGAGAGAAGAAAGAGAGGGUGAGACAAUAUGCUGUCGGCGUGGGAUAGAAUCUCCACACUAAGCCAAUGAGAACACUGGAACUGGAAGAGUGUUGCGUAUAACGGACACCCACAUGUGAUGGUGGAGCGAAUAUAAGAGGAGAGAGACUGUGAGAGGGUGCAUGAUAUGCUCAAAAAUUCAGCACAUAGUCACAGUCCCAAGUCACCGACCAACCAUAUAUAUAUAUAUAUAUAUAUAGUGUGUAUUCCACUAGGGCCAAAAACCCAUUAAAAAAUAACUCCUAAAUUAAAUCCCACUCACUACCCUCCCCUAUAAAAUCACCCCUUCCCCAUCUUCACAGUUGCUCACAGUUACUCACAGUGACAAGUAACCAAGUACUGUUUCUCUCAAUCUCUUGGGAAUUAGUGGAGAGAGAGAAUGGCGUUCAUCGUUUCCAAAAAGCAACUGACCCUCUCAGAAGAAGAAAAAGUGGACUGCAACAAUGUGGUGGUGGUAGAGGAGGAAAGAGAAGAAGCAGAAACCCCAAAUACAGUGAUCGGCCAAAUCUACCUGAAGCCUUCUCACACCACGGAGACUCUCGACAAAGACCAGGUGCUCCGCCGUAUCCGUCACCGUAAAAGGAUGAACAAGCUCCGGAAUGCCCUCCAGGCGCUGCUGAGCUUCCCCUUCUCAUCCACCUCUGAUGGGCCAGAUAAGGUUCCAAACCACCGCCACCACAGCUGGCUCGACGAUGCUUUCUCUGCUCCCUAGCCUUUAAACCCACUAGAGAAAAUCAGAAAUUCUUGACACCCUCUGCCGGAGUUGGGUGGCGCUGCCUCACUCGUGAGGUUUUCCUAGGGGGGGAAAAAAAAAAAAAAAAAACCACUCUUGCUUCAGGUUCCCCUGAUCACUCACCUGGGCAGCUUCUUUCUCUCUUGUAUUUUGUACAGUCGUAAAUUAAUAAAGGAUCUAUUUCUGCAA